AUGGCAGACGCUUCAGGCCGCCCCCCCCCUCCCCCUGGGGCGGGGGGUAUCGUCAAGGGUGCUGCAGCAGCAGCAGCAGCAGCAGCAGCAGCAGAAGAGAAGAAAUCUCAUUUAUAUUUUGGAAAGAUAACACAAACAGGAGUUGCUGCAGCAGCAGCAGUUCUCGAGGAUGGCCCCAUAGCCAGCACCUCUUCAUCCCCUUCUCCCGGUGCAGCAGGCUCAGCAGCAGCAGCAGCAGCAGCAGCAGCAGCAGCAGACGAAGAAGCAGCAGCAGCAGCAGCAGCAGCAGCAGAUGAAAACCGCAUGCAAGCAGAAAGAAUGAAGGCAUUUAAAAUACAGCAAACGGCGAACUCAUUUAAAACGGUAGCGCCCACCAUCGACUCAGAAGUACGAGAUGCACUCAGACGCAUGGGGGAGCCCAUAACGCUGUUUGGCGAGGGGCCCUUUGAGCGGCGUUCCCGCCUGAAGGCGUUGCUAGCCGAGGGUCGUACUAUACCUGCUGCUGCUGCUGCUGCUGCUGCUGCUGCUCCUGCUGCUGCUGCUGCUGCACCCCAGCUGCUGCACCCUGCUGCGCGGGUGAUAGCUGUGAGGAAGCCGCAGUUGAAGACGGAGAAGGAGCAGCAGCAGCAGGGUGCAGCAGCAGCAGCAGGAGCAGCAGCAGCAGCAGCAGGAGCAGCAGCAGCAGCAGAAGCAGAAGAAGAAGAAGAGAUAGAGGGAACGUUCUAUACUGAAGGCAGCAACGCGCUGCUGGUGAUGCGGCGAUCGAUAGCAGCAGCAACAGCAGCAGCAGCAGCAGAACGGCUGCAGCAGGAGCAGGAGACGAACGACCCCUCACAUGCUGCAGGUUUGCCCCUGCCUGUGGUGUUGCUGCUGAAGCAGCAGCAGCAGCAGCAGCAGCAGCAGCAGCAGCAGCAGCAGCAGGAGGAGGUAAAGCGACUGAGAGAGCUGCGGAAGCAGCAGAAGAAAACAGCAACCACACCAGCAGCAGCAGCACCACCACCAGCAGCAGCAGCACCACCACCAGCACCAGCAGCAGCAGCAGCAGCAGCAGCAGCAGCUUGGGGUUUGCCCCUGCCUGUGGUGUUGCUGCUGUUGGUGCUGUUGGUGCUGGUGCUGUUGGUGCUGCUGCUGUUGGUGCUGGUGCUGGUGCUGGUGCUGCUGUUGUUGGUGCUGCUGUUGUUGGUGCUGCUGUUGGUGCUGGUGCUGCUGCUGCUGCUGUUGGUGCUGGUGCUGCUGCUGCUGCUGUUGGUGCUGGUGCUGCUGCUGUUCGUGCUGCUGGUGCAGCAGCAGCAACAGCAGCAGCAGCAGCAGAACUGA